AUGUCCUCCGAAUUCCGCGUCAAGAUCUUCCGGCUGGGUGUCAUCCAGUCGAUCUUCUGCCACCUUCUCCAGAUCCGCGUCGAGUAUCAAGUGAGGAAGCUACUCCCCGCGAGUCGGCUGCCCGAUUGUCUCAAUCCUCUACGCACCCUUAACCCUCGCCAUGAUCUCCCCCUUUGCUGGUUUGGCGUACCACUUCGUCGGGAUCUCUUUAUCAACGGCUGUAUCUCGCUCGGCCUCGCAAAGAAGAUACCGGGAACGGAGAAGUGGUACUGGCUCCGGAGCUUCUACGCGCUCCGCGACGUGUUCGAAAAGGUGACCGGCGUGCACUUCGACAUGGAACAAGUCUGGGGCGCGUCCGCUCGCCAUCCGCAGGAGCCCAUCGUCGCGUUUUGCUCGAACCGAGGCAUGCAUCACAUGACAGAGGAAAUGGUGGGUCGGGUGGUGGAACUCUUGGAUUUGCUGGGCUAUCCUGAAGAUGGAUGGGAGGCGAUGAAGCCGGCGUGA